AUGAAAGACAGAAACUUUGUUCCCGCGGUUUUAUUGCUCUGUUUCUGUGUUCUGUUGAGUUCAGUGACGUCGAGAGUGUUGCAGAGUGAUGAUAAAGGUGAUGAGUUGAAGAGUUACAUAAGUUGGGAAGACAUGAGAGUUGUGGAAGAUGUUGGAACAAAGAGGAGUUUCAGCGCUAAGGUGAACGAUAAUAAUUUGGUUAACCAAGAAAACAGUUUGGCGGCUUUAAACGCGAGCAGAGUAAUAGUGGUUGAUAAGAGGGGAAGAGGAGACUCUGUUACAGUUCAAGGAGCUGUUGAUAUGGUUCCUGAUUCCAAUUCUCAGAGAGUUAAAAUCUUAAUUCUUCCUGGCGUUUACAGGGAGAAGGUGAUAGUGCCGAGGACAAAACCGUACGUUUCGUUCAUAGGCAAUGAAAGUUACGCAGAAUACACAGUCAUUACAUGGAGCGAUAAGUCUUCAGACCCUUAUGGCAACGGUACUGAACUCGGCACUUACAGAACCGCCACUGUUGCAAUCGACUCUGAUUUCUUCUGUGCCACUGCCAUUACUUUCGAGAACACGGUGGUGGCAGAGGCGGGAGAAGAAGGGAAGCAAGCGGCAGCGCUAAGGGUGACAGGGGAUAAAGCAAUGUUCUAUAAAGUUAGGGUAUUGGGAUCACAAGACACUCUUAAUGAUGCAACUGGUUCUCACUACUUUUACCAAUGCCACAUCCAAGGAAGUGUAGACUUCAUCUUCGGCAACGCCAAGUCGCUUUACCAGGACUGUGAUAUCCGCUCAACAGCGAAGAGAUUUGGCGCCAUUGCAGCUCACCAUAGGAGUGAAGAGAAUGAUGAUACUGGUUUCUCCUUUGUGAACUGUGACAUUGGAGGAACCGGGAAGGUUUACUUGGGCAGAGCUUGGGGAAACUACUCGAGGACUGUUUAUUCAAACUGUUACCUAGCUGAUAUCAUCACUCCUGUGGGAUGGAGUGACUGGGACGAUACUGACAGACAAAGUAAAGUGCUGUUCGGGGAGUAUAAUUGCAGGGGAAGAGGAGCAGAGAGAAAAAGUAGAGUACCGUGGUCAAAGAGUCUUACCCAAGAUGAAGUGAAGCCUUUUCUUGGGAGAGAGUUUAUAUAUGGAGAUCAAUGGCUCAGACUCUAAAACACUUUUGUUAGAAAGAAAAACUGACAAGGGUACUGUUUAGCUAACAGAAGAUGAUGAUGACCUAAUCAUACUUUAGUUUACAUGUGUAAUUAGUACUAAAUCUGCGCG